GUUCGCUUAAUGAACUUUUCAACGAAGGGAAAUGAUUCCCUCACUAAAUGGGCCAUUUUUCCAGCAGGAUCUGCAGACUAUAUGCUAAAUGCCACUGCAAUGGAAAUAAUUGGCAGGUUGGCUGAAAAUCAUCCCCAUCUACAGCAUUCCUUCGGAAGUUAUAAAUUGUUUGACUGGGUCAUUGAACCUCCACCAAAAAGGAAGCUUUGGCCGGGAAAUUACUUGGUUCUAGUGGUUGCAUUAGUUGUUUUGGUAGUUGGAUUAGCAGCUCCAGUUGGAUGGUUUAUUUGGAGGCGGAGGCAAGAACCCACUCUUCCAUAUGGACCAGUAGGAAGAGUUGAAACUGUUACUCAUGAUCAAGAACUGCAGCCGCUAAAAUGAAAUGAAUUAUUUGCCUCGGAUGGUUCAUCAUGCUAAAAAGGAAUUUUUGAAGUGGAAGUGCCGAUCUUUGAACCUUAGUUUACAUGUUGACAAAUAUGGUCAAACGUGAAGAAUUAUACCUGGUCACAGAUGUCAGUGUUCCUUCGGGAAUAGAUGUAUUCUUGUUAAAGAAAAGAAAAGGAACUGCUGCUUUCGAGUAAUGUCACUUCCAUAUGUGAAUGUUUUAGAUUUAUAUUUUAGAUGACACGAAAUAGGUUGCCAUUGCUGUUGUACUC